UUGAUUAUUUGGGCUCACUAACAAAGUAACAAGUGGAAGCCCAAGCUUUAACAAAAAUCCAUUAACCCAGGCGUAUCAAUUUUCCACAAUUUGCAUUUCACAGAUUCACAAGAAUACUGAAUACCCAAUUCUUCCUUCCUUUCACUUCCAUUUCAUCAAAUUUCUACAAUUUCCAUCAGAACUUCAAACAUCCACCAUUACCAAAUUCGAAAGAAACCUAUGGCAGUAGAGGAGCUUGAGAAAUCAAUGGCGACGACAGAUAAUGAAGGGAAGAGAGAGGUCGACGAUGAUUUAGAGGAAGGCGAGAUUAUCAACGAAGGAGGAGACGUCGCCGUUGCAAAACCCAGCAAAUCAGUUAGUCACCCACUUGAGAAUUCUUGGACUUUCUGGUUCGAUAAUCCUUCUGCUAAGUCGAAGGCAGCCGCUUGGGGUAGCUCUAUUCGUCCCAUUUACACCUUCUCCAAUGUCGAAGAGUUCUGGAGCCUUUACAACAAUAUACACCAUCCAAGCAAGUUGGGCGUAGGUGCAGAUUUUCACUGUUUCAAGGAUAAAAUUGAGCCAAAAUGGGAGGAUCCAAUCUGUGCUAAUGGAGGCAAAUGGACUGUUACCUUCUCGAGGGGAAAAUCUGAUACAGCCUGGCUCUACACACUAUUGGCAAUGAUUGGAGAGCAAUUUGAUCAUGGAGAUGACAUCUGUGGAGCAGUUAUCAAUGUGAGGGCUAGGCAAGAAAAAAUAGCCAUAUGGACCAAGAAUGCUGCCAAUGAAGCUGCUCAGCUGAGCAUUGGAAAACAGUGGAAGAAGUUCCUUGAUUACAACGAGAGUAUUGGAUUCAUAUUUCAUGAUGAUGCAAAGAAGCAUGACAGGGGUGCCAAGAAUCGUUACAGUUGUUGAGUUGUAUAGUGCUGUAAUCUCUUGAAGACCUGAUGAAAGUUGCUUGCUUAUAGCUGAAAUGGAAACUGAUUCUAGUCUUUUUGAUGUAGUGCUGUUACCGGAGUUUUUUUUUUUUUUUUUGAUGCUAAUGAAAAUUUCUACUGUACUAAGGAUUUUAGUACAAAAAAUUUAUCGAUGAAAAGCUUUUUUCUA